UUGCUCUUGUAUAUUUUUCUAUUUACAAUAAAAAUAGAUAAGUACUACUCCAUAUCUUUUUUCUCAAAGCAUCGACAACAUGAACAUGAUAAUGGGAUCCUUAAUCAACUCGUUUAAAACAUUCUGCUACAUUUUCAAACGAAACAUAUUCCCAUUCUGUUGUUGCCUCAAAAGUUGGACACUGAAUAGAAGUGUUCUGAAAGAAACAAGGAUGGGGUAUCUGUGGAAAGAGAAAACAUUAUGGGAGUUUUGAAAUUCAAAUUAAACUGUGGAGUGAAUAUGCUUAACUUGAAUCCAAGUUUCCUGUUUCCUUGGCAUCUUUGCUUCCUUUACCUGGACACUUUUAUUUGCAUUCCUUUUCCUUUAGGAAAUGAUUUCAGAUUCCUUUCUCUCUAGGAUCAAUGUCCUUUAACAUUUUAAAACUGAUCAAUCCCUACCAUGUUCUACCCUGAAACACAAAUUAGUCCGGUCCGAGACGAAAGAAGUAGGACAAAUUUCUGCAAAGAUGAAAGAACAGCUGCUAGCGUUGACAGCAGUUUUGGUUCUGAGUUUCAUAGCUGAAAAAUGUAGACAAUUGGUCGGAGAAGAAUCAGCUUCAAGAAGCAAGACAGAGAGAUUCACAUUCAUAAACUGCUUCGACAUGAGUUAUGGAACCAUAGGCUGCCUACUCAAGGAAUUGGUAAAAAAUUAUUUAUACUACAUUAGAGCAACUCAUGUGCACAAGGUAAGGAAUGAAGCAACAAAAGAAGCAGUCCAAGAAAGCUUGUCUAAAGGACAAAGUCUUGAAGAUGCAAUGAAAACAGGGCAGAAAGUUGGAAAUGCUGCAGCCCAACGAGCAUCUUUACAAGCGAAGCACAUUAUGGGACCAAUGGUGUCAUCUGGAUGGGACUUUUUUGAGACUGUAUAUGUAGGUGGCACAUUGGCUGAGGCAAUAAUUAGAAGUGUUGGGACAUUGUUGGGGUCAUAUAUUGGAGGAAUUGUUGGAGAAGGGAAAAAUAGGUGGUUGGGUUUUCUUUUGGGAAGUCAAUUGGGCAGCUGGAUUGGUGGGAGGUUGGGUCUAAUGUUGUAUGAUGUGGGAAAUGGGCUGCAGUUUCUGCUUCACCUCACAAAGAGUAAGAGUGAUGGAGAAAGCACCUCACUCAUGUUGAAUUCUAGCUAGUGAAACCUUCCCGAUGUAAAGCUUAAUAUUUCUUGAUUAUAUCAAGGUUUAACCUUAUUGUAUAUUCAUUCCUUCUUGUUAUUUCUUAAAAGAAAUUUCUACUAUAUUGGAAAAUAAAAAAAGGUAAACAAUGAAUUAAACUCG